ACGACGACAACGAUUCGUUAGUGUUGCACUUUGCAGUUUGAUUUCGGUACCCAAAUAGUGUAGUCAGUCAGUCAUUCAGCCCUCCCGUGCAGUACGAAGAGUUUGAAGCCGGAUCUGCUGAAGUCAGUGUCUGCGUUCUCUGUUUUGUGUUUUUUUUGCGGUGAAUUUUUUUCUCGCAUUUCUCUAUUUGCCGAAACGUGCGGUGUGUUUCAAACGCGUGUCUAUCGUUGCUCCGCGCGCCGCAAAUUUGCACCGCGUUCAAUUCAAACAACAAUUGAUAAGGAUUCUUCUCUCCUCGCUUGGGUUUGGGCGGUGCGGUGCCCUCGUUCAACCGUUGUCGGUCGGUCGUUCAAUCGACGUGAACUGGAGCAGUUUAGUCCGUUGCCCACUGUCGCCGUUUGAAGAGUGAGUGCUGAUGGUUGAAUGCAAAGUGCCAGGUUGGAUGAGAUAAGAUUGCUGAUUUGAAUAAUCAAACGUGGCGUUGUGAUAGUCAAAACUCCCUCGCCACCUGAAUACCAAAAAAAGCCGCUCUGCUCUGUGAUACACUCUAACUGUGUUGGCCGGCGAUGUCAAUGAUAAUGAUCGUUACCGGCCAUCAGCAUCGUUGGAGUUGAAUCAGUUAUACGACCGACGUCCUACCCGUGUACAAACUAGGCGCAGUUGGUCAUCAACGGCCGUCAAGGGAACUACUACCGCGCAGCCCAGGCGAAAGUUCAUAUCCGGAUCGAUCGAGCGAGAGAUAAAGGCCAGGCCUUCAGUGUAUGAUUUUUUGAAGUUGAUGUGGCUCGAUUGUACAAAGUGAAAUAGAGUGCAAAAACGGAAUCAGAUGGCGCCUGUCUAUGGUCGUCGGUGCUGAAGAGUCUUGCUUGGUGAUUCCGCAAAAACAAGUUAGAUCAAAAAAGAAGAUACGCGCCCGCAAAGUUCAAAACCGUGAGAGCACGCGACAGGUGAAGAAGACUACGGCGUCAGUCAGUGGACUGUGAUAAGUGAUUGUUCGAGUGAUGUGUUUUGGGAAAUUUUAAGAAGAAAGUGUUGGGAUAUAUUUUCAGUUGUACAAGUAUGUCGGCCACUACCAUCACCAUGAGUGCAAACACCGCAAAUAACAACAAUAACAACAACAACAGCAUCGCGACGAACAACAAUGAAAUACUGACACCGGAGGUGCAAGUUACCGUUAAGGAUCUUCCUAUUACGUUUAAGGUCAAAUAUCUGGGCAGCCAGUACGCACGUGGUUUGUGGGGAAUCAAGCACACGAGGCGACCCGUCGAUCAUCUAGUCAGCGCAGCCAAAGCUCUUCCGCCGAACAAAAUCCUUCCGUACUGUAAUCUAACGGUGUCCCUCGAUGGUGUCCGCAUGGAAACCAUUACCUCCAAGCAGAGUUUGCUGACCAAUUUCACCAUCGAUACCAUAUCCUACGGCGUGCAGGAUCUCGUCUAUACCAGGGUAUUUGCGAUGAUCGUGGUCAAGGAAAACUACAACCUCAAGGACGAGAAUCCUUUCGAGGUGCACGCCUUCGUGUGUGACAGUCGAGCAAUGGCCCGCCGUUUGACGUUUGCCCUGGCGGCAUCCUUCCAGGAUUAUUCCAAACGGGUGAAGGAAGCUGAGGAACACAACAUGGGUGACUCCAAUGGAAAACCCCUGCGGAAAAAGUUUGCCAUCGACCUGCGAACUCCGGAAGAAAUCCAGCAGGACAUCACCGAGCAGGAAACGGAAGCGUGAUUUCACAAGAUUCGUUCCAAUGUUUUAAUCUUUGGUUAUCACAAUCUUCGUUGAACGAAUGUGAAAUCAGUUCCAGAUUGAAAACAGAAUUAAGUGUUGCGACUAGUCGAUUUUAUACUAUUUACGCAUUAAAGUUAUCAUAAUACCUCCUAAGCUGAACAAAAAGACCUCAGCGAAGGUCCACAGGAUACAAAUACCAAAAUCAAGAGUAACCUUUAUGCAGCAAAUAUAGAUUUAAGGAAAAAUAAGAUGCUACAUAUGUUUGUUAGAAUAUUGCAGUAUGAAGAGAAGUUAUAUUUUAAAUAAGGAACAAAUGCAGAAACAAACUUAAAGAACUUUGUAUUGAUAAAUCGGAUGUGUGACAUUUGCACCAACAUGUUUGAGUACCAUGUGAUAUAA